AUGGAAUGCAAGAAGAAAUGGAAUGGAAUAAUCCCUAAAAAUGGUUCGCCGGAGCCGAGACGUCGACGACGACGACGACGAGAUCGUUUUCACCUCGACUACUCCCUCACAAACUCCGACCUCCACACUCUCUUCUCCACCUUCGGCAAGAUCGCCCGCGUCACCGUCCUCAAAGACCGCGACUCUCGCCGGUCCAAAGGCGUCGCCUUUGUCCUCUUCGUCUCCCGAAUCGACGCCCAGAGCGCCGUCCGCACGAUGAACGGGAAGAUCCUCAACGGACGAACCCUAACUGCGUCGAUCGCAGAGGAUAACGGCCGAGCGGCGGAGUUUAUAAGGCGUAGGGUUUAUAAGGAUAAGAGCAGGUGCUAUGAGUGUGGGGAUGAGGGGCAUUUGUCGUAUGAGUGCCCGAGGAAUCAGUUGGGGGCGAGAGAGCGGCCGGCGCCGAGCAAGAAGGGGAGGAGAGAGGGAGGACAGCGAGAGCAGCAGCACAAUGAGGAGGAGGAGGAGGAGAAUUUUGAGAGUGAUGAUUGGAAUUGGGCGUCGGUUGUUGAUCCGAGAGGGCGAGAGGAGAGGGGAGAUGAUGGGGUGAGUGGGAAGAAGAAGGGGAAGAUGAUGACGAAGGAGAAGAAGAGUUAUUUCAGUGAUGAAAGUGGAGAGGAUGAAUGAGGAACUUGCAGGCGAGCAAGGUGAUGCAUCUAUGCGAGGGUGAUUUGGCCGCAAUGAUCAUCGUACAAGGGCUCUUUUGCAUAUUAGGGGAUGAUAUGAUUAUUGAGUGUGAUCUACUUCAAAAGGAGUUUCAAGAUGAACUUGAUUCUUGUUUAAGUGCAGAACUUGAGGAUAAGCUUUAAGAGCUGAGAAAGUGUUGUUACGGUGCGCGUUGCAAUAAUCUCCGGAAAGCCUCUUGUAUUUUGUUAAUCUGAGGGAGGUCUUGGAGUAGAGCUCUUUGCCUAGUUGAUUGCUAUUUAGUUUGCUGAGAGUUUGUAUAAUUAGGCUUUCUAAUUUGAAAUAUGUUGUUCAUGUGAUGUAAAAAGAAUGAUUCAUCAUAACAAGUUUUGCCUCCUCA